UGUUUUUUUUGUUUUAUUUAAGUAACAAAAAUAUGCAGUGUUUUUAAGGUAAUUAUCCCCACACUCCGAUUUGGAGCGGGGGAAUGGAGUGAUUAUCUCCGCCGUCUGUCCGUCCGUCCUGGCCACUAUCUCCUCCUAUACUAUUAGCACUAGAACCUUGAAACUUAAACACAUGGUAGCUAUGAGUAUAUGUGCAACAGUACACUAUUUGGAAUUUUGAUCUGACUACUGGGUCAGAAGUUGAGGCGUGGGGAUACACGUCGGUCGCGGCCGGUCCAUUUCUAGUUUUUUUGCUACGAUUACCAGUUUGUGCAUAGUAUAUAUGCAUUAUUUUGUAAUAUAUUGGAUAAAAAGUUCGUAAGUGUUUUAAAUUGGUAUCAUUUAGUGCUUGCAAUUUACUGCAAUAGCAAGGUUUUAUAUUUCUUUACCAUUACAUUUUGUAAUUGUUUUAUAUGCAGUAUUAUUAUUUCAACCCCUAAAAAGCACAUUAUUAUGUAGAUUUGAGUUUUAGUUAUCAUUAAACCUACUUAAAUCUAGAAAUGGUUCGAGUCAUUACAUAAAAAAGUAUCUAUAAACAGGUGCAUACACUAAAUCGCAUGCUUCAAUAAAGUUAAGAGAUGUCAUAUAAGAGCCGUCAGCGUGAUAGGCAGUGUGAUGAAUACCAAUUAGUUGCAUGUGGAUGUUAUAUGUGUGUACAUCUGUAUUAAACGAUAGCUUUUAUCUGGCCCUCGUGCAUUUCCGUGUGAAAGUGAUUGCCUUGACCGCAGCAUUUUUUUUUAAUGCAUGUCAUCGUUUUUCCUCUUUUGCUUACGGAAAUUGUCGAGCGAUGGGCGAACAUAAAUGAGGGCCAGUUGAAGCUAUCGCCUAAUAGUUCGCAGUCGGUGUUUGCCCGUGGAUAAUUGUGACAGUGAACGACACGAACCUCUCCUGAAUAAGAUGAGAAAAAGCACCAUGCGAGGCUUAACCAUUCAGAGUCUUGGAAAGAUUAAGACCAGAUGGGUAACCGAGGCGCUGUCAGAAAUUCUCAGCACGUUCAUUCUUGCGCUGUUUGUCUAUGCAUCUGGUGCACAGUUUCUGUUGUCGGAAGGUUGGGCCAGCUCGGCAACGGGAAAGGCUUGUGCGGCGGCUGUCGGGCUGACCAUAGCUGUGUAUGCGGGCAUGGGAGCCGCAGGAGGGAGUGCAAAUCCAAACGUCUCAAUUAUGUUCUGUCUUCUUGGAAAAUUUAAAUGGCGGAAGCUUCCUGUCUAUAUAAUCGCCGAGUUUAUCGGUGCCUUCCUUGCUGCCCUUGUCACGUUUUACGCUUACGGAGAUUUAAUCAAUAAAUUCGACGGAGGAGUCCACACAAUAUCGGGUCAAUAUGCCACUGCCCCACUGUUCACAUCCUUUCCUCAUGCAUCCAUUUCUCAUACGACCGGCUUCUUUGAUGUGGUUAUCGGAACUGCAUUGCUUACUGGAUCAAUAGCAGCGAUCACUGAUCCAAAUAAUGCUGGGGUAAACAAGAACAUGAUACCCCUUAUUUUUGCACCCAUGCUCUUUGGCAUCCUCAUGACAUUUGGCCUACAGACAGGAGCAGCCAUAAACACAGCUUUGGACCUUUCUGGACGAGUUUUUGUGGCUGUCUUUUAUGGGCCGCAAGUUUUUACAGCCAAUGAUAACUGGGCAUGGAUUCCGCCGUUGGGUGGUUUCGGUGGCUCGCUAGUGGGAACUUUCCUGUACCAGUUGAUGGUGGGAAACCACCUAGAAAGCCCUAAAUAUGAGACACAGGAUCAGGAACUUAAUGUUAAAGAUGACGGCAAGACGGUAGACCUUAGAGCUUACAAGACUGCAAACAAUUCGUCAAUGUCGUCGCAUGACUUUAUAUCAACCUUAGACGGAAAUCAAUACUAAGUCGAUAAUCAUAUAUCAUAUUGAUGACGUUAUUAACUUCACGUAUUACAGUCUCGUGUGUGCUUUUAUAUACAAGUGUGAUAAAUAUUACUUACGUUAUUCUAUUUUGAACAUAGCCAGACAUUAUCAAUGGUUUUAUUUUGUACAAUACCCAUGUGAGAUGUAAGCAAGCAUCUUAUUUGUCGCACAAACACAUUUGACUAAACAGUUUGACUUUGGUAGGAUUUAAACUUGAGUAACAAUGAUUUAACAAUGAUCUGACUGUAGCGAUUAUGGUUACUCGUGUUAAAAUACACCGCUAGAAUAUUGUUUUACCAUGAUUAAACAUGGUAGAAACAUUACAAGCAAUGUUUCAAAAUUGUUACUUGACUAUCAGGUCUCUUUUUACUAAGAUUGGCAAUGAUUUGAGUCAAUACUGACCAUGCUACGAGACGUAUUUUUUCAGGUUUUCAAAUUAUCAUAUUACAAUUGAUAUAGUUAUAAUUGCCGUAACGUAAAUAAACCAAUGUCAUGAUAUAUCUAACAUUCUUUACCAUGGAUAAAUCAUUGUCAUGUUAAGGUCAAGCAUUGUUUUGUUUACAUGGUCGGUCAUUUUUUAUACAUGGUCAACUAUGUUGAAAAACGGUUAACCAUGUUUUGCCUGUCCAUUUCACAGGGGUAGUGAACCUUUAUUUAUUUAAUUAUUUAUUUACUUGCAAUCUGAAGACAAAUACGUUUCAUAUAUAUUUUAUUGUCGAAUCAACAACGAUUUAAAUAAUAAACUAGUAAGAACACAUAACAAUGGUCCCAGUUUAAAAUGUCGAACCUACAUGAACACAAGUUUUCAGGAGACGUAUUUUUGUUAUACAUUUCUUGCACAAAAUCAAAUAAAGAUUAUUUUAAACAUUUUAAAAAGUGUCUCAUGAUGGAGCAUGUUUGUAUGGAAUUAAUUUGACGUUAAGUUAAUAAAUCUGCUGUAAAAUGUAUCUUCGUCAUUUAGACUUGCAUUUAUGUAAUUUUUCGGCAAAUUGGACAGCUUAUUGUAAUAGAUUUUGUUUCAAUAGAAUAAAUUAUUGCACUGUUUUCCAUUA